CAGGCAAGGCAUGCAGAGGGAACUGCGUGUGCACUAUGCUUCACAUCCAGCCACGAGUUUUUCACUUUUCUGCGCUGGAUACGGCCUCCUGAGUGAAAUGUCCUCACCUGCGGGUCACCUGGUGGACAGGCGCUUAGAGCGUGAGAAAGUUACGGAGCCCAGGAAAGACAAAACAAUCCCAAAAGGUCGAGGAGCCAGAGAAGCGGUCCGGAAACAAGCUUUCACACGCUGGAUCAACUCACGUCUGAAAAGAUGUGACCCUCCGCUGCAGGUGGACCAUUUGUUUACAGAUGUUCAGGAUGGAAAGAUUUUGAUGGCUCUGAUAGAGGAACUGUCAGGCUGUAAGAUGCUUGACAGGUUCAGACCAUCUACACAUCGCAUUUUCACCCUCAGCAACAUUGCUAAAGUGCUGGAGUUCCUUGAGGACAGAAAUGUGAGAGUUGUAAAUAUAGACGCCGCAGACAUCGCUGACGGACGGCCUUCGGUCAUUCUCGCGCUGAUCUGGAAUAUCAUAGUUUACUUUCAGUUAAAGGAAGUCACAGGAAAUCUAGAGAGACGCUUUUCCUCCAGUGUGUCCAGUCUGGUGUCUCUGACUGACAGCAGUGACUCAGCCCGCAGCUCUCCAGCGCCCCCCAGUGAAGACCCCUGCAGCACUCUCCCAUCAAAGAGGAAAAGAACAUUCGGUCGACCCAAAUACUACCGCAGCAGGUCCAUCAGCACACUGCUGAGCUGGACCCAGACAUGCACUGCACAGUAUGGUGUGGAGGUCCAUGACUUUGGGAAAAGCUGGAGGAGUGGGUUAGCGCUUCUGGCGCUGGUGAAGUGUGCCAGGCCUGAGCUGGUGGACAUGAAAGAAGCUCUGACCUCCAGCCCCAGAGAGAACAUCAUUCAGGCCUUCAGAGAAGCACAGCACCAUCUGGGAGUCCCACCACUGCUGGAACCUGAGGAUGUGAUGAUGCGUUCUCCAGAUGAGCAGUCCAUCAUCACCUAUGUGGCUCAGUUCCUCCAGCAUUUCCCAGAGAACAGAGAUGUUCAUGUAUCAACACUGAGUCUGGAGGAAUAUAACCCCAGUGGAGUUUAUGGACGUUCUUCACUGUCCUACUCUUCACUGGUAGAACGUGAUUUCUCUUCACAGCAGUUUGAUAUCUCCUCCUCUUACAGAGGCCCAAAGUCAGCUGGUUUAUUGAAUGGUGGUUCGGGAGUGGCAGAGAAAUCCAGCUUCUCAAAUGGACAGUACCUCCACAGUUCCAUCAAGGGGCACUGUUGGAACUCCACAGCCCAGAAGAAGAGCCUUUCAGCGAGUAUGGAGGAUGAUGAUGGAGGCCUAUCAGAUGGUUCAGAGGAAGGCAUACACAUUCUGCCUGAGCUGGACUCAGAUGAGGAGGUUGCAUACAAGUACAUUUUAGAACUGGAUCAUGAAGAAUUGAAGCUUCAUAAUGAGCUCAACUCUAGUCCAACCAUCAAUGCUCAAAAAGCCCAUCACAUAUCAAAUGAUUUUCAUCAAGCAGAUGGGAAAAGCCACCAUUUAGGUCCAUUUUUGGAGAUACAGAAGCAAAGUCGCCAACCCUGGUCAGAAGGCCGCAGAGAAACACUUGAGGAACAUCCAACACUUUGCACCCUGAAUGAUGACCUAAAUAAGUUUCACAACAACAAAAAACACAAAGACAGUGAGAGAGAUCAGGGCUUAAAUAAAGUCAAUACUUCUUCAAAAGAAGGUGGUCUUCACAAUGUUAUCUCCAGCGAUAGCACAGACCUUCAGUCACUGUCUGCAGUGAAGCGUUUAACAGAGGACGCACUCAGAAAGGAAGAUAAACUCAGUGAGAUUAACAGCCUAGAAGAUGAAGACCAACCUCAACCAAGAAACUUUACACAACAGACUCAUUUCAGCUUUGUAGCUGAGAUGACUGCAAAGGAUUUGAGUAUCACUGUGCUUGAAGACACUAUAAACUCUGAGACUGAGGUGCUGCACACGGUUCUGCUGCUGUGGAUUCUCACCUACUGUAUCUUCAUGCUGCGUCAGUUAGAGAUCUGGUUCCUUUUUAGGUAGAAAUUACUCAAACCAGAACAAGGACGCUUACAUGAACUAGCGUCCUCUAUAACCUGUAUCAGUCUUGUGCUGUGUGAAGUCAUUCGAGGUCUGGACUUCUGGAACUACAGCAGGAGAUACUGUAACAUGAGAUUUAAGAAUGGCCAGUUGAUUUUAGCAUAAGAGUAAUUCCAUGUCAAAUUACAUCCACUGCACACUUUAUAUUGUGUUUGUAUUCUUUUUAUUGCUUUCAUCUCAUUAAUUAAACACUUUCUAGACUA